CCGCUCAGAUAGGCCGGGAACAAAAGGAGGUACUAGCUGGGGCUCUCCUCUGAUGGAUGGUAGUCGCAGCGCGAUUCCCCAUGGGAUGGAAGCGGCAAGCGGACGACGAACCCACAGCUGCAGCUUGCACUGCAAUGGGGCCUAGAGGAGGUCGUAUGCUCUCACUCUCACACACACCAUCUUCUCGCCGCCUCUUUUAAUGAGGAGAAAAUGGUCUGCACUGCACAUUGAUCUGACCUUUCACUCUUUCGUCGCCGUCUUCGUCGACAUGUCGAGCACGAGCCUCUCUCUCUGUCCCUCUCUUCAAUGGGGAGAAUCAGAACUGACGCCCGCGCGUACUAUUACGUCAUCGCGCAUCUCACCGCUCUCCGCCAAACGCAGCCCCGCCUCACCACCAAGCAGGCGCCGAGGUCACAAGUCAAAUACGUACAUGCACCCGCCGUGUGUUUCUGUAGCACGCCUCGCAACAAGAACAAUGGACGCCAGAACCUCCCUUCCGUCGGGAAUACGGCGCUCCAACGGCGUACUUAUGUCGUCCCCGAAGCUUCAGCUGCUUGCAGGUCCCGUCGGAAGUGGAUCCAAAUGGAACCGACGAGGGUAGUGGAGAGUUUGCCGAUGGCAAGCGGAUCAAGGAAUCUUCGGACCUUUUGACAGUAUCUCGUCGUGCCGAAAUUCUAAAAUGAGAAGCACACCCUCCAGAACGCGCAGUGCAAUAUCUCGUAGGAAUUGUUUGCUUUCACUUGAGCAACGGCUACAUCGCAUCGAACGAC